CGGCGGCGGCAGCGCCAGGAGCUGGAGAAAUGGAUUCAGCCGAAAGAGCUACAAAUAGAAGUGAACAAAAAUCAAGGAAAUUUUUAAAAAGCCUUGUGCGGAAGCAGCCUCAGGACCUGCUGUUAGUGAUUGGAACGGGAGUGAGUGCUGCUGUGGCACCAGGAAUCCCAGCCUUGUGCUCCUGGCGAAGCUGUAUUGAAGCCGUCAUUGAAGCCGCGGAUCAGCUGGAGGUGCUGCACCCGGGGGAUGUGGCUGAAUUCCGCAAAAAAGUGGUCAAGGAGCGAGACCUGCUUGUCGUUGCGCAUGACCUCAUCAGAAAGAUGUCGCCGCGCACUGGAGAUGCGAAGCCCAACUUCUUUCAGGACUGCCUAAUGGAAGUUUUUGAUAACUUGGAGCAACACAUUCAGAAUCCUGUUGUUCUGCAGUCAAUUCUUCGGCUAAUGGAGAGAGGAACUAUGGUGCUGACCACAAACUAUGACAACUUACUUGAAAUCUUUGGUCAGCAGCAGAGUAAACCGAUGGAGUCUCUUGACUUAAAAGAUAAGGACAAGGUUCUCCAGUGGGCAAAAGGGCAAGUCAAAUAUGGAGUCCUUCACAUUCACGGUCUGUACGCUGAUCCCUGUGGAAUGGUGUUGGAUCCCUCAGGAUAUAAGGAUGUCACUCAAGACCCUGAGGUGAUGGAGGCUCUGCAGAACCUGUACCGGACAAAAUCUUUUUUGUUUGUGGGUUGCGGAGAAACCUUGCGUGAUCAGAUAUUUCAGGCCCUCUUUCUGUACACUGUCAAAAACAAAGUGGAUCUAGAACAUUAUAUGCUGGUGCUUAAAGAAAAUGAAGACCAGUUUUUUAAACUCCAGGCCGAUAUGCUCCUACAUGGAAUAAAAGUAGUAUCCUAUGGAAAUUGCUUUGAAAGUUUCCCAGAGUAUGUUCAAGAUCUCUCCACUCAGAUCUGCAAACAGAGGAGUCCAGAUGCAGAUCGGGUGGACAGUACAACACUUUUGGGAACAUCUUGCGUGGAUUGUGCCAAGAGACGGCUAGGGGAGAGCAGUAAUGACCAACUUAAGAGACCAAGGCUUCAAGAUAAUGGUAGUGUUGAAGAUGUUGUCCUCUCUGAAUACAAGAAUGUAACUUGAACAACAGUGGUCUACGAUGAGUGUGUCAUCUGAUUUUAUCAUGGAUACGGCUUCCAACAAUGGCCAAGAGGAUCCUUUAAAUUUAUAUGCAUUGUUCAGUAAGAAUUGUUUAGGAAUGGAUUUUCUAUUACAGACUUGUACACC